CGUUGCUAUAACCGAUCCACCUCGCCGGCCUCCCCUCGCCGGCAGCAACGCGGCCUCGCUCGCUCGCUCACGCACGUCCCACCCACCUCCCCUUCCUCCGAUGCCGGAGCGCCGCCACCUCGCCGGAGAAUCGCCGUACUGGUGAUCGUCCCCGGAGAACCAAUUAUGGAGCGCCUCCUGCACUUCCGGCCGCCCAAACCGACCUCUGGCGCUGCCGCUACCGCGGCUGCCGGCGACGGCGACCUCCUCGAGCUCGACGUGCUCUGGCCUUCCUCCUGCGCCCCUGGGCUCCUCGCCGCGCUCCCGGAGGAGGAGGGGAAGAGGAGGAAGAGGCGCGGGGCCGGGGGGAGCGUGACCGUCCGAUCCGCGGCGCGGCCUAUCCCGGAGGCCGCCGCGUUGACCCCGGCGAUGGCGAUGGCGAAGUCGGCGCCGGUGAGGAUACCUUCCGAGGCAGCGGCGCGGAGGGGGGCGUGGGCGCAGGCUACCGCUGGCGGCGAGGAUCACGGGGAGGCCAUGGUUCCGCCGCACGAGAUCGUCGCCCGGCGCGCCGCGGCGCACAGCUCGGUGCUGGAGGGCUCCGGGAGGACGCUCAAGGGCCGCGACCUCCACCGCGUCCGCAACGCCGUCCUGCGACGCACCGGCUUCCUCGACUGAGGCGGAGGCGAGUCGUCUCGUCGCUUUUUUUGCGAUGAAAUUUUGACUCUUUUUUUUGUGUGUGUGUUCCACGAUUUCAAUUCCCUUCGAGUCGCCUUUGAUGUUUCCGGCUAUUUUGAUUUCUUCUCCUGAGUAGAAGAGGAUGGAAGGAAUUGAUGUCUGGUGAAAUGAGUGAGCGAGGCAUAUCACACUAUCUAUGACAUUCAUUCCAUCACAAUCUUAUAUGAAAUUUUGGGUCCUAAAAUUUGUUCAAUCUGUAUGCUGAUUGCUGUCUGUCUUGAGGAAAAUGAAAUUUUUAUCGAAUGAAAUUAACUGUCAAACAUUACAUUUUUGGCAUAGA